GCAGCAGUAGCAGCAGGUUGGGAGGCAUCCAUGUAAACAACUCAUUCGGCGAGGCAGACACACGUGGGGAGAUCUUGUCUUGGUUCACAAUGGCUGUUCGCUGUCAAUUUGAAGGGUCUAAUGAAAUCGGGGUGUUUACCAAGCUGACCAAUGCCUACUGUCUAGCUGGUAUUGGCGCCUCUGCAAAUUUUUACAGUAUCUUUGAGGACCAGUUAAGUGAGAGCAUCCCUGUUGUAUACGCUUCCAUUGCUGGGUGCCGCAUCGUUGGCUCCAUGGCCACAGGGAACCGUCAUGGGCUGCUGGUGCCCAACACAACAACUGACACAGAACUUCAACACCUGCGUGACCAUCUGCCAGAUAAGGUCAAGGUGCAGCGGAUAGAGGAGCGACUCUCGGCUCUUGGCAAUGUGGUUGUUUGCAAUGACUAUGUAGCACUUGUUCAUCCUGACAUAGACAGGGAAACAGAAGAGAUAAUCCAUGAUACUUUACAAGUAGAGGUAUUCCGUCACACCAUUGCUAACAAUGUGCUAGUAGGCUCGUAUGCGGUGUUGUCAAACCAGGGUGGCCUUUUGCAUCCUGCCACUCCCACUCAAGAGCAGGAUGAAUUGUCCAUGCUACUGCAGGUGCCUUUAGUGGCAGGAACAGUAAACCGAGGCAGCAAUGCCUUGGCAGCAGGAUUGUUGGUGAAUGAUUGGGCUGCCUUCUGUGGAAUGGACACCACAGCCACAGAGCUGAAUGUGAUUGAAAGUAUCUUCAAAAUCACUGAUGCUCCUCAGGCUACUGCCUCCACCACAAUGAGGAAGGCUCUCAUUGACAGUAUGACGUAAGGAUGCAACAAAUGUAGCAGUUGUGGCAACAACUGGAGUGUUGGCUGUGGGAAGCUGUUUUUCUCACCCCCUUUGUUAAGAUUUCUAGUAUUUUAUAUGCAUAUUCACUUUUUAAGCCCUGAUUAGAAAUUUUGUUAUAAUUUAGAUAUCUUAUAUGCUAAAUUUGAGCAUUCUCAUCUGAAAUUUUCCACAAGCAAAUGUCCAUGUAUGUAAAAAUUACUUUUAAACCAUAUUUUUUUUUUCAUAUUUUUAUGAGUGUAAUAAACUUAUUGAUGUUUGAAUAUAUAUCAUGUGAUAUAACAUAUUCAAAUAAGAUAUAUUUGACUGACAUUAUAAGUCAAAUUCCUGUCAAUUAUAUUAGUGUCAUAUUUACCUUUGAUUGCCUCAUAGUAAAAAAAGUAAAACAUACAAGCUGCAUAGCUAUACCUCUACAAAGACACCAUGGCAAAGAAACUACAAAAGAAUGAGUAAUGAUUCCUAUUUUCAACAUUUAAUUUUUUCAUUACAAGUUUAAACAAUGAUCACAAUUUUCAACUUGUUUAAGCACGCCACAUAUGCAUUAAGAACAAUCAACUUAUACUUGUGUGAAAAUUGAACAAACAAUACAGUAAUUACAUAAUAAAAACAUAGACUACAAGCAAAUAUUCCUCACAUCAUUUGCUCGGUAGACGGUAUCAUGGCAGAGCAGUACAAGAAUCAACUAUGUGAUGAGAACCUAGGAUUACCCUUAGUGACUAGCAGAAUCCUGUCCAAGACAUAAAGGUUUCCAUGAAUGAGCAAGCACAUAAUUGUGCUUGAAGAAGAGGGUAUAGCUCAUGUGUGACAUGUGAAAAGUUCAGUCCUAUCUAUAAAUUAAAUUAAAUGGUGAUCAUGAAUCAAGCACAUGAUCCUCAAAAUCUUAGGUAAUUGAACAGAGGUACACACAUAUGCAGGAGUGCUAAGGACUGUACACCAUCCAAGAAACUGGAUAGACAGGUUCAGAUGAGACCACAGAAUUAUAGCUUAGCUUAGGUGGUCCUGUGUGUGCACACACACACACACACACACACACACACACACACACACACACACACACACACACACA